UUUAUCAUUACCUAACACCGGAUCGCUUAUUACACAGAAUAUUUAUUUAACACUGAGUAUGUGAAUCUAUUUUGUUUAUUCAAAAAAGUGCAGUCAAAGUAACGACUAAUACUUUUGAAUAAAAGAAAAGCAUCAUGUCUUCAAAUAAAUCCAAUGGAGUUGUCCCAGGAGAGGAGGCCAUGCCGAUCAAUGUGGAUGAUACAGAAUAUAAGAGAUUGUAUGAACUACCAACUAUGCGAUACAGCAAUAUUGUAAUCCUAAUAGUUACUGUUGAUACCAUUGUUUCUAUUGCAUUAUGGGUAACAGGAGGCAAAACAAAGUAUUUUGUUGACAACAUAACAGAUUUCCAUCUAACAGAAUCAGUUUUUGACUUAGUAUUGGUGGCAGCUGGUAAAAUAAUAUUUUACGUAACACUGCUGGCAUUUCUGGAGACUUCCUCAUUCAGACAGAUAGAUAAUCCAUAUGAUUUUGCCUUAACUCAGAAAAUAAAAGUUUUACAUGUGAUACUGAUCAUCUUCAGUCUUGUAGUUUUUGGAUUCACUGUGACUAAAGGUGGAUUUGUACUAUACAAAUUUAUAAAUGACUCCUCUUAUACUAAAAUGCAUGCAGAGUACAAUGCUCUGGUCAUAUCAGCUGUGUGUUUUAGUUUGAUAGAAUUCAUUGCAUCUGUACUUAGCUUUGGAGCAAUGAGAUCACUGAAGGUGAUUCGGAUUACCCGCAGAUUUAAUGAUCAGGGUGUUGAGAUUGAUGAUGAAGGGAAAGCCAUUCUGAAGAAAGUUAGCCUUAAAAGACUCUUCCUGUUAGCUAAACCUGAAUGGGGAAUUAUAGCUGGGGGAUCUAUAGCUUUAGUAGGAUCAAGCGGCAGCCAGAUGGCAGCACCAUUGUUCUUUGGUAAGGUUGUAGAUGCUGCACAGACAGAUAUGGCGGAGCUUACAAGACUUGUGAUUAUUCUUGUGAUUAUAUAUGUGAUUGGAUCAAUCUUAGCCUUCUUUAGAUCAUGGUUGUUUACAUUGGCUGGACAAAGUUUUGUGGCCAGGUUGAGAAAGAAAUUGUUUGCCCAGAUCAUAGAGCAAGAAGUUGCUUUCUUUGAUGAGAAUAGAACAGGAGAAUUGUGUAAUAGAUUGGCCUCUGACACUCAAGUUUUACAGAAUGCUGCAACUGUUAACAUAUCUAUGUUGGUGAGAUAUAUAUUCCAGUUGGUUGGGUCCUUAGGUUUUAUGUUUUACCUGAAUGCUGCCUUGACAGGUGUAUUGUUAGCUGUUGUUCCUUUUGUUUCUAUUUCAGCUGUGAGAUAUGGAAAAUUUGUGCAGAAAAUGCAGAAGAAAUUUCAGGAUAAGUUAGGAGAUGCAGGAACUGUUGCCGAGGAGACGUUGUCAAGUGUCAGGACAGUAAGGUCAUUUUCUGGAGAACCAAAAACUGUAAACAACUAUGGAAAAGAAAUUGAUGAAAGUUACGAUAUUGGCAAGAAACUUGCAUUAGCUUCAGGUGGUUUCCAAGGUCUGAUUGGUUUAUUGGCACAGGGUGCUAUAGCUUUAUGUUUGUGGUAUGGUGGUAAACUGGUCUACGAUGAAGCACAUGGUAAACAUACAGGACUGACUCCUGGUGUGCUAACAUCAUUUCUGUUGUACACUUUGCAAGUAGCCAUGGCCUUUGCUCUGAUGUCCUCGUUGUAUGGAGAUUUCAUGUCAGCCUUAGGAGCAUCAACAAGAAUAUUUGGUUUGUUAGAAAGGACACCUGGUAUUCAAAAUGUAAAUGGAUUGGUACCUGCACAACUGACUGGAAGAGUUCAGUUCAAGAAUGUUUGUUUUACAUAUCCUUCUAGACCAGAAUCAGAGGUUCUAAAGAGUAUAUGCUUCACAGUAGAACCAGGAGAAAUGGUAGCUUUAGUUGGACCAUCAGGGGGAGGUAAAUCUACCAUUGUCAACAUGAUUGAGAGAUUUUAUGAUCCUAGUGAAGGAACAAUAUACUUAGAUGACUAUGACUUGAAAGAAUUAGAUCCUCAGUGGUUUAGGAAGAAGAUAUCUAUGGUCAGCCAGGAACCAACGUUAUUUGCCUGCUCCAUUAAAGAAAACAUUGCCUUUGGUGUCAAUGCUGAUAUCAGUGAGGUAGAAGCAGCUGCUAAGCAGGCUAAUGCCCACGAGUUUAUACAGACAUUUGAGAAGGGCUAUGAUACCUUGGUAGGAGAGAGAGGUGUCAGGUUGUCAGGGGGACAGAAACAAAGAAUUGCCAUAGCUAGAGCACUUAUUAUGAAUCCUAAACUUCUUCUGUUAGACGAGGCUACCAGUGCAUUAGAUGCUGAAAGUGAACAUUUAGUACAAGAAGCUAUAGACAGAGCUAUGAAGAGUAGAACAGUUAUUGUUAUAGCACAUAGAUUAUCUACAGUCAGGAAUGCUUCUAAGGUAAUAGUAAUAGACAAAGGCAGUAUUGCAGAGAAUGGAACACACGAUGAACUGAUCGCUAAAGGUGGUGUCUAUAAGAAGCUUGUAUUACGACAGUUAACAGCUGGUUCUAGGUCAGAGCCUAUCAAUGACACAAAUGAAGACAGCAGUUGAUGAAAAAUGAACUUAUGAUUGUUAUUUGUUUUUAAUUAACAUGUUUUUUUUAAGUAUUAGUGUGCCAGGAAAGUCUAAAUUAGCCAAGAACUUUAAUCAUAUCAUGACUUAAAAAAACAUUUAAACAUUAAAUUAUAUGUAUUUAAAUACAGGAAGAAAAAUUGGCAUGGGUAACACUACAUGCCCUGGCCACCAAAAAGGCAUGAAAAAAAAAACACUUCUCUAAAUCCUUUAAUAAUAUGAAUGGCGUCAUAAAGAAGACAUGUAGAAGAAUGAAAUUAUCAGUUCAAAGAUUUUAUAGAAAGUUUAAGUUGUUACCUAUAUAUAUAUAUGUCUGUGCUGGAUUCAAAUUGGGGUGUAGAGAUUGGCAAAAUAAUAUUUUUUGGCAUGGAGUUGUCAUAAAAAAUUUUGCCUCGCUAUGCUCGCCACUAUUUUCACUUUUUAUGUCUCCUUUCCUCAAACUCCGGAUUAGCUCCUGUAUACAGCCAUGUAAUCCUAAGUGAAUUAUGAAUUGAUAGAUACAUAUCACAUAAUUUCGAAAAUGUUGGAAGGGUUAUUGUUUAAAUAUAGAUUUUCAUUAUUUAUUUUUAAUUUGAUUUAAUCCUUAGUUAUUGUAAAGUUUUAAUCAUUAAUGUGUUGUCAAUUGUUUUAAAAUGAAAAAAGCAUCCAUCACAGGUUAUUUUAAAAAAUCAUGACAUAUUUAAUUUAUAAACUUUUAAACUGGAAUGCAUUAGGAUUAUUUUUAUUAAUAACUGUGUGUGAAAUAGUGUAUUAUAUGUAUUUGGUGUGUAAAAUCAUGCACAAUAUUUCUUGUAAAGGCAUAUUAAGAUACACAUUGUACUAGAUAUAUAAAACACAUAUAAAGUAUACACUUAUUUUUUUAAAGGUACUAGUAUCUAAAAGGUCAUAAUUCUUUCUUUGUGAUUUUGUUUAUACACUGUUGCAACAAACUCCCUUUUAUAUGGUCACACCUUGAGCAGAAAAAAUGCUUUUGUCUUUAAUCAUCUUUAACGUAUAGUAGGAGUCGAUUCAUGUCUGGGUUUGGAUUUGAAGAAAUUUGUCUCUUAUGAACACUUUAGCGUAACAAAUAAGAGGAAUAACUUCUUAAGAAGAAAGCCUUAUUUAAAGAGGGGUUAUUGUAGUAGGGAUAAUUAUUUGAAUUUUUACAAGUGCAUCAUGGGUUUUAAAGGAUCAUUUGCAUCCAAUGUGAGUUGACAAACUGCUGUCCAGGAUGCCCCUUGUUCAACAUGUUCAAGGUGUUUUGUGCAACAUUUUCAUUUUGUUCUGUAUAAAAGAUCAAAUUAGUUUUUGCUCAUCGUUUAAGGAAAGAUUCUAUUGUAUGAUCUCUUAUGUGCACAUAUCCUACUUUUAUGUUGUGAAGCAAUGUUGUUUACAUUAGACAAUCUAGUUUUUAUACACGGGCAUUGUUUUUAAAUAUAUUUUCCAUAUAAGAAUCAUGCAAAAGGUAAUUAAUGGGUGGAAAGCCUACACAUGAUUUCUUUUAUACAUGCAUUUUUAUGUAGGAUAUAAAAGUACAUGUAUGUUGAAAUUCAUGUAUGGGUGUUGCUCAUUGUUGAAGACUGUAAGGUGACCUAUAAUUGCUUAAAUCCAUGUUAUUGAACUCUAUUUGAUAAUUGUCUUGUUGGCAAUCAUACCACAUUUUCUUAUUUUAUGUAUAUUAUUUUUAUACAGACUCUUUGCCAGGUGAGGUAUAAUUUCUAUAGAAUGCAUUAUAAAACUCAUGCUGAGGGAGAUAACUCCAAUAAUAUCCUAUAUAAUCUAUUGUAAAAUGUUAUCAACUGUUAGUCCUAGUAAGGCAGUAAAUGGAAGAUAUUACUCAUUCCAUUAAUCAGCAUCCAUCUUGCAACUGAUGGACAAAAAAUAGACAUUUGUAGCCUUCAUGCCAUAUAUCAUAAAAUUUCCAUUUUGCAUGAUUCUUAUAUGUACUACUUCUUAAGUAAAACAGCCAGUAUCUUAAUUCUGUGAUAAUAUCUAUUGUUUUUAGUUUUGUUGUAAAAUAUUAAAAAUGAUACAUCACAAAACUUUGUAUUACUUUAUGCU